UCGAAAUUCCAACAGUGCACAUCUCUUUCCCGCACCUUAGUGUAUAAAACCACCAUUUUCAGUCUGCUCUUAGCUACUGCCAAUCUUCUUCAUUUUUAUUGUCAAGCCAGAUGGCACACCCGAUAACCCGAAAAGCCCGAGCCAUCCAGUUAGCUGUAGCUGUUGUCUGCACCAUUGUUUUCUUUGUUGGGCUUAUUUUCUUGAUUUUAUGGCUCAGUCUCCGUCCACAUACUCCUAAAUUUCACAUUGAAGAUUUUUCAAUUUCGGUUCCGAGUCAACCGAACGAACUUGAAAUUGCCCGGAUAACGUUCAAUGUCACAGUUCAUAAUGGCAACCAUCGAAUAGGGAUCUUAUACGACUCUUUGACUGGGUCGGUUUAUUACAAGGAUCAAUGGGUUGGAUCCACACAUUUACUGGAUCCAUUUUAUCAAGGGCCCAAGAAAACUACCCUCGUGUAUCAUGCAGUGCCUGUUACAGCGUUAAUGGUGAACAGCCAGCGGUGGAUGGAGUUUGUCAAUGAUCGUGCAAAAGGGUCGGUUGAUUUCCGUUUGGAAUUGAUAUCGACAGUCCGAUAUAGGACAAAGCUGUGGGAUACUAAGCGACAUCGUAUUCAUCCCAAUUGUAUUGUUCCAGUGGGGCAAGAUGGCCUUAUUUUACCAAGUUAUAAGCAUAGGAAAUGUACUGCCUAAACUAUGGGGUCGUCUUCAAUUUGUGUGGGUUGUCUCUCUUCUUUCCUACUUUUUCUUUUUUCUUUCUUUCCAUCUAUUUGUAUCAACCGAAUUUAAGGGCUACUGAAUGGUGUAAUGUAAUAAAUGAAGUUGCUCUCCAUUUAUUGAUAGAAUUUUAGAUUUUAACAUCAAA